AUGAAAUCACACAAGAAGGAUAUGUUAUCCGUAGAAAUCUGGAACAUAGCUAGUUUUGAUCCACAUUUGGGUAAUUUAUACCAACUUGAAAAGCCAGCUCGCAGUUUAACACUUGACAUUCCUAGAAAAUCGGCAAGAACACUUAAUAUGGAAGCCCAGUCUCAUUGCACCAAUGACGAUUCGUCUCCGACAUCAAUCAGUGAAUCAAUAGAGUACAGUGAAUCGGAUAUCGCCUCCACGCCGGCUAUAGUAAUUGACCAAGAUCGGUUAAUAGAUAUAAGGUUCGGCUCUUCGGAUUUAGCUAAGACUUUAAUGGACGCCAAAAAACGUUUGUUAACACUAAGUCAACUAAAAUUUUAUACCGAUGGUAGUCUUAAAAAACGCUCCCAUGGUAGUAUCAUAGACAGCAAUGCUAGAUCGAACAUCAAAUGGGACCCAAAUACUAAUGAGGCACCAGACCGAGAAAUUUUAGUUAGAAAUAAUUUUUUAUUAUUAUAUAGAAUUUUUAGAGUAGUUAGAAAGGGUAAUUUAGAUUUAGAACAUAAAGUAAAAGGACACAGUGGGUAUAUAUGGAACGAGAAAGUAGAUGAAUUAGCCAAACUCGCUAGUACUAGCCCUUCGACUCAAUUCAACCUAGCCCACGAUGAUAUAAACUUUUUACCAACGAUCGAUAAUAUUAAGAACAUGAUACAAUUUUUUAAUGACGCGCAAUGGACUGUAAUCAAGAUGCCUUAA